GGAGGAGGAGGAGGAUUCUUUGCCGCUGAAACCGCUGAAGCGGGAGGAAGGCCGUCACAUUGGAAGGAAAACGGCUUUUCACGGCAGUUAAUAAAUUUUUAACUGGUUCAACAAUUGCCCGCGAGUUCCGCCAGCUAAUGACGAGAAACGCGGCAGUGAGUGGCGAUGAACCCGACGAGGAGCAAACGGCUGGCUCCACUGAUCAGCCGCUGGAGGGCGAUGGCCACCAGGUGAUGGCCACCCAGCCAGGAGCUGGCCAGGACCUAGAGGCUGGAUUACUAACCGGGGAACAGGCAAUAUCACCACAAUUGACACAGCAGCGCCGACAAAGGCAGAGGCCGCGCAAGAAAGAAACAAUGACGAGGCGACCAACCAAGUCAUCAUCAUCAUCAUCAUCAACAUCACAACGAAGAGCUGCCAAGGAUGUGGAUGCGGAUACCGAUUCCAGCUCUUGCGAGGGCGGCACAAAGAGAAGCACGCGGGUUAGCUAUGCCCAAAGAAAUCUCAAGGAACUGGGACCAGAGGAGGAGCAGGAGGAGCAGAAGGAGGACGAAGGCGAAGACGAAGAUGACUACGAUGAUGAGGAGGAGGAGGAGGAUUUGGGAGACGGUGCUGAUGAAGAGGGCGAGGAGGAGGAGGAGUCCUACGACGACUACGAGCAGUCCUCGAGGACAGAAGAACGCCGCCGCCGCCGUCCGCCCGUUCAAAGCGCCUUAAGUGUCCGGAGUAGGCGUAGCAAGACGAAAAGCCGCCAGAUCUCCUAUGCCUCGGAGGAUCUAGAGCUGGGCCAUGAGGGUCAAUAUCCAAUGGAGACCAGUGACCAGUCGCAGGAUAAGCGACGCUGCAUUUCCAAGGGACAAAUGCGAGAGUUUCGUGAGGCCUUUCGGCUCUUUGACAAGGACGGUGAUGGUUGCAUCACCAAGGAGGAGCUGGGCACAGUGAUGCGAUCUUUGGGACAGUUUGCCAGGGUGGAGGAGCUGCAGGAAAUGCUGCAGGAGAUUGAUGUGGAUGGCGAUGGCAACGUUAGCUUUGAGGAAUUCGUGGACAUUCUGUCCAACAUGACGUACGAGGACAAGUCGGGGUUGUCCUCUGCUGAUCAAGAGGAGCGGGAACUGCGGGAUGCCUUCCGGGUGUUUGACAAGCAUAAUCGGGGGUAUAUAACGGCCUCCGAUUUGCGAGCGGUGCUGCAGUGCCUCGGCGAGGACCUUGACGAGGAGGACAUUGAGGACAUGAUCAAGGAGGUGGAUGUGGAUGGCGAUGGACGCAUCGAUUUCUACGAGUUUGUCCAUGCUUUGGGCGAGCCAGAGGACUCGCAGGAGAACGAUGACGAGGAGGAGAAUACCACAUCGCCGCUGCCCACACCAAAGUCGGCCAUAUCUCUCACCUACGAUUGAGAUGGUCUUCGGUUUUUUGUCUGUGAAUAAUCCGAUAUCUAAUCAAUCUAAACAAUAAACAAAAUUAACAAAUUAUCGAUGAUUAGUCGACGAUAACGACGACGUCAAUCGAUGCUGCAAUAAUGUGAAUCACUCUCAAUGAUCAUCAAUAAUCAAGCAAUCGGUGAGGUAUGCCACAAAUAUUUGAUUAUCGACUCAUCUCAAAAGUUAAACAAUUAGCCAACAUAUUUUAAUUCGAUUACUAAGCCAUAGUUAAUCGAUAGGAUAUCGAUUGACCAAGAGCAUUAGCCAAAACAAAUUCAAUAAAUUGACACAAAACGCACACAGCUAAAUACAACAAAAUACGAAUAAAUAAAUAUAUAUAAAUAACCUAUUGAUUAAUCGAAUAUCAAUACUUAACCGAUAAACGAUUUACUUUACAUCGAUAUAUGGUAUAUAUAUAAAAAUAUAUUUAUUAUAUAUAUUUAUUAAAUAAAACUUAACAUUAAUUAAUUAAUUAACUCUCGACUUCGAAUUGCUCGCGAUCUCUCUACCUUUCUUAAGUCACUACAAACUACUUUUAGCUUGUAAUCGAUAACGAUAACGAUAGCCUACCAGUUCAGACUCUUGCACAUAUCCCUAAAAAUAACUGAACACGAUUGCAUAUAUACAUAUAUAAAUUUCAAGACAUAUCAUUGAAGAAGCCUCUGUAAAUGUGUUUUGGGACUGACCCUUCCUUAUAAAUCCUUAUAAAUAUAUAUAUAUUCUCUCCACCUCCACCUCCCCCUCCCUCUCUCUCCUGUUGCUUUCCCCUUCCUUCACCCCCUCUUCUUCUUUUCAAAUCCCCGAGUAGCAUCGUGUAAUAUGAAUAAAUUGAUUUAAUUAGGAAAUAUUUGCUCAAUUAUUGCUGCUGUCGCAGAGCAAAAAUAAAUUUAAAAUAAAUACAAAAAUAAUA